AUGCCGGUAGCCGGCAUGCUAAUAGACAGGGCAGCAGGACACACGAUACUCAGUUUCCUCGACGCACACUCUGGAUAUAACCAAGUUCCAAUCAGCAAAGAGGACAUCUCCAAAACAGCCUUUCGAUGCCCCGGGCCGAUCGGAGCCUGGAGUGUUUUGCUGAGAGGAAAAGAGGCCGAUGAGUGGAUAUGGACGGACGAGCAACAGAGGGUGUUCGACGAUUUGAAAGGUUACUUGGCAAAACCUCCGGUUAUGACCCCUCCAAAGCCGAAUAAGCCGUUGUUACUAUACCUAUCGGUUGCACGCGAAUCCCUAGGAUGUAUGCUAGCCCAAGAGGACGAUGGGGUCGAGAGAGCAGUCUACUAUUUGAGCCGAGGACUGACGGACACAGAAAUUCGCUAUACCGACAUAGAAAAAAUGUGUCUAUGCCUGUACUUCACAUGCUGCAAGCUGCGAUACUAUAUGUUGCCGGUCGUAGUGUACGUAUUGUCCCAGACCGAUAUCAUUAAGUAUAUCUUAUCGAAGCCAUACCUGAGGAAUCGGAUUGGAAAAUGGGCGAUUGAUAUGUCCGAAUUUACGUUGGUGUAUGUUCCCCAAAGAGCAGUAAAAGGACAAGUGUUGGCAGAUUUCUUGGCCGAUCACCCUGGUAUUACCCUCAAGGAAGAAACAGUCACGUUCUGCGACGUCGCCACAUGGGAGAUGUGGUUCGAUGGGUCCAGGACAAGCCAGGGGGCAGGCGCAGGAGUACACAUCGUCACACCCUUGGGGGCAUCCUACCAGUUGUCAUUCAGACUCCAGUUCGAAUGUACCAACAAUCAGGCAGAAUACGAAGCCCUAAUUUUUGGCCUUGAAAUCCUUGCCGAACUGGGGGCAAAAACAAUCAACGUCAAAGGCGAUUCGUUGUUAGUCAUUAAACAAGUAACUGGGGAGUUCAAAUGCGAAUCCGAACUGCUGGUGAGGUAUUGCAAUAAGGCAAAGCAUCUCAUCGAAGGCUUUCAGGACACAAGGAUGGAAUACACAGAGAGAGCCGAUAAUGUUGUCGCGAAUGAUUUAGCCCAGCACGGUAGUGGGUACAAAACGAAUCUCUGCUUGGACACAAUAGAAAGAGACAUGCCGAAUCUACAUACUGGGGGCAUCACCAUCGACGAAAGAAUAUUUUCGGCCUACCAACUUGAUGUUAACCAAGAUUGGAGAAUUGAAGUCCUGAAUUGGUUCGAGAAGCCAGACCAUACGAAUAGUAGGUUGAGAACCUUGGCACUAAACUAUGUAGUUCUAGCGAGCGAACUAUAUAAAAAGGGCUUUGAAGGGCUACUCUUCAGAUGUAUCGGGCCUAAAGAAGCAAUGCUAGCAAUGGCCGAAGUUCACGAAGGAAUAGCCGGUGCGCACCAAGCGGGCCCUAGAAUGAGAUGGUUAAUCCACAAAUAUGGCUUCUAUUGGCCGAAGAUGGAACUGGACUGCAUAAGAUACGCAAAGGGGUGCGAAGCUUGUCAGAAAGCUGGCCCUAUACAACAUGUCCCGGCCGAGGAACUACACUCCAUCAUCAAGCCAUGGCCGUUUAGAAAAUGGGCGGUCGACCUCAUAGGGAAAAUAUAUCCUGGCUCGUCUGACGGCCGCACUUUCGUUAUCAUCGCCACUUGCUAUUUCACUAAGUGGGUCGAGGCCAAACCCUUGAAGUCACCAACACAAGAAGCUGUGAUCAAAUUCUUCAAAGAAUAUAUCGUCCACAGACAUGGAUUACCCGAAUCAAUAACCACUGACCAGGGGACGAUGUUCACAGGAGGCGAUAUAGUUUGGUGGGCUUCUCAGAUGAAGGUAAAAAUGUUACAUUCAACACCAUACUACGCCCAAGCCGACGGACAGGCCGAAGCCACGAACAAAGCGAUCAAGCUUAUAGUUCAGAAAAUGAUUGAAGAAAACCCGAGAUAA